AUGGAUUCGACUUCAGAUUCCUAUUCAGUUUCAGGCACUGUGAAGAGGACAGCGCCUUUAGUUUCCUUUCUGGAGCGCGUGCAGGAGGCAGCAUUCAAUGCCUUCGGCUCCGCCGUGGAUCCCAAGACCUACGUUGACAUGGCUCUCAAGUUCGAUUUGCGCGUAACGGAAGAAGCCUUUGAAAAAGUGGGUUCGGCGGAGGAGUUCACGCGCUUCACACGCGCGUACUUGGAAGGAGCGGAGGAGGACAUGGAGCAUUUGGAUGCGGAGGAUUUCGAAAGAGAGCCGCGUGGGUUCUUGGCGAAGGUGGAGCGCGUGGAGGUGAGGGAAUGGGGUUUGAAGGUGCAUUCUCUCUGGAAUAGUUUGAAUCGGAGAGUGCGUGGGACGGUGAUAACAGAGCCUCACUUCCACACUCUGCUUCCUCUUCCUUCACCUUUUCUCAUUGCUGGAUCGCGCUUUCGUGAACUCUAUUACUGGGAUUCCUACUGGGUUAUUCGGGGUUUGCUUGUGAGUAAAAUGUACAAGACAGCUACUGCAAUUGUGACUAACUUCAUCUCUCUCGUAGAUGAAUAUGGAUUUGUGCCUAAUGGUGCCAGAGCCUACUACACUAACAGAAGCCAGCCUCCCCUUUUAAGUGCUAUGAUUUAUGAGAUACACAGUAGCACUGGUGAUAUAGAAUUGGUUAAAAGAUGUCUACCUGCAUUACGGAAAGAGUAUGAGUUCUGGAGUUCCGGAAUGCAUAAAGUGACCAUUCAGGAUGCUACAGGUUGCACUCACACCUUGAAUCGUUAUUAUGCAAUGUGGAACAAGCCUAGGCCAGAAGCUUUUGUAAAGGACAAGGCAUUUGCUUCCAAGCUCUUGAAUGCAUCACAGAAACAACACUUUUACCGUGAACUGGCAUCAGCUGCUGAAUCAGGAUGGGAUUUCAGCUCAAGAUGGAUGAGAGAUCCAUCUGAUUUAACAACAUUGGCCACAACCUCUGUAAUACCAGUUGAUUUAAAUGCAUUUCUACUAGGGAUGGAAUGCAAUAUUGCCUACUUUGCAAAAGUUAUUGGAGAUAAUAGCACUGCAGAACAUUUCUUGGAGGUGUCUGAUGCUAGAAAGAAGGCAAUGAACUCUGUUUUGUGGAGUGAAGACAUGAAACAAUGGCUCGAUUACUGGCUUACCAAUAGCACAUGUGAGGAAACUCAAGUUUGGGAAGCUUGGCAACAAAACCAACAUGUGUUUGCCUCCAAUUUUGUUCCUUUGUGGAUGGAGCCAUUUUACUCGGAUACUUCACUUGUGGGUAGAGUUGUUGAAAGCCUCAAAACUUCUGGCCUGCUUUGUGCUGCUGGAGUUGCAACAUCUCUGACUAAUUCAGGACAACAAUGGGACUUUCCGAAUGGUUGGGCCCCACUGCAACACAUGCUAGUUGAAGGUCUGUUAAAAUCUGGGUUAGAAGAAGCAAGGUUAUUGGCUGAGGAAAUUGCUGUAAAAUGGAUCACAACUAACUAUAAUGCAUACAAGAAAACUGGUGUAAUGCAUGAAAAAUUUGACGUGGAACGUUGUGGAAAAUUCGGAGGUGGGGGACUAUAUGCACCCCAGACUGGUUUUGGCUGGUCUAAUGGAGUUGUGUUGGCAUUCUUGGAGGAAUUUGGAUGGCCUCAAGACAGGACUAUUGACUGCUGA